CGCCUUUCCUUCUGACUUUUUUUCUUUGCGAUAUCUACCCGGCCCUCGCCUUUUUUAUCUAUCUACUAUUAUAAGGGCCACCUACCCAGGAACCACCUCAGACAAAAACGUCACCACACCCCCCCUCCCCCCAGUCUCAUGAUCGCCCUUCUCCCUUCCAGCAUGACCACUUCUCUGGCAUUAUUACCGGCGCCUACGCCGUCGUCCUCCUCCUCCCAGGCUGCCGCUGCGACCCGUCGGCCCAAGCUGUCGCUCAACACUGCCCAGGCCCAGAUCCGCACCUUUGGCAAGGGCUCCAGUCUUCGUCUCGACACUCUAAGCGCCGUCUCGCCCACUGCGCGCAACACCUUCAGCAACGGCUAUGAGCCAAUCACAAACACCUUCUCUUCCUCUUCCUCGUCGUCGUCGUCGUCGUCAUCCGAAACACCCACGUCGGCCUCGACCGUUAGCGCCAUCUCGACCGUCUCGUCGUCGUCGUCUACCUGCGACAGCGGCCGCGUCCCGUACAAGCUGCCGCACAACGUGCAAUCCAUCCUGUCCAACAGCCCGCUGCCGCGCCUGCACCAGAAGCGCAGCAACAUGGCCACUCCGUCGCGACCCAUGUUCCCCGCCACCAAGCGCGUCAGCUUCCGCAACCCUUUAGCCGAGGAAAUCAAGACGACCAAGUACACGCUCGCGCACUCGGACCUCGCUUCGUCAUCGAGCACCAUCUCCACCCUUGACCUGAACGACGACUCCACCUCGACCCCUGCCGGCUCGGGCGCCAGCCACAUUGAAGACAUCACGACCACCGCCACCGCCACAACCCUACCCGUGCUGCACUCGACGUCGCAUUCGCUCGCACGCGCCACGACAACGAAGACGACGACCCCCAAGCGCACCACUCCUCAGCCACAGCCACAGCUGCGACGCGGCGAGAAGCGCGACUCGCCCUCGGACAGCAGCGAGUCAGACAGCGACUCGUGCCCGCAAACGCCAGUCGCGGGCCGGCGCAAGCGCAGACGCGAGUGGGUCUGGACGCUCGGCCCCGUGCCUGGCCAGAAGAGCGCCGCCGCCGGAGCUGCGUCAUCAGAAACACCAGCGGCAGCCUUGUCGCCGACGUCGGACGUGAGCGACGAGGGCAGCGUUGCCAGCAGCAACGCGAGUAGCAGGGACCUCUGUGGCAGCGCGAGGUAACAUUGCGCACCGACCGGCCUACGACUAUCCUCCUCAUGACUUCUUUGUUCGUCUUCGCGUAGAGCAUAGAGGAAGAGCCGGGUGGUGGUGGAGGCGGCGACUGCAUGUCUAUUUUUGUCGGCCGUUUAGCGCUGCAUGGGUGGUGGUGGCCACGAACCGGCAUCGACACGGGCGCAUGAUGUUGCCCUCGGCCGCAGCACACGAGCCAACCAACCAACCAACAGAGGCGGUCUACACCUCACUCGUCACCAAAUCACACUACCGACCAACCACUAUUCACGAUUUCAUUUUGCAUGCACACCCCUUUUUUUUGUCUUUUUU